CAACGGCUUUCCAAAUGUGUUGCUGGACAAGUGGCAGAAGGAAGGCUAGUUAGAAACUUGUUGUAAAUAAUGUAGAAAUUUUUGUAUUUUGUAUUUUGUAUUUUACAGUCUCAGUCAGAACUUAUGGUUUAUUCUUACAUCAUUUUGGAAGAAUGAGUUUGGCAGAAAUCAACGAAAAUGUGAAGCUGGCAAGAGAGUACGCCUUGCUGGGAAACUACAGCUCAUCUGUGGUCUGCUAUCAGGGAGUGCUGGAACAGAUCAAAAAGUACCUAUUUUCAGUGCGAGAUUCAUCUGUGCAGCAAAAAUGGCAACAGGUAUGGCAGGAGAUAAACGAGGAGAACAAACAAGUGAGGGACAUAAUGACUACUCUGGAAAGCUUCCAAAUGGACAACGCCCCUCCCAAGCCAAGCAGUUUCAGCCAAGAGAGCAUCAUGAUGCCCAUUCAGGUGGAACAUAGGUCAUCCCCCUGUGCAGCACGGAAGGCUCCUGUACCGUACAAAGACUCUAAAGCUCAUGGCAGCAGACAGAGCUUCGGCCCUCGCUCCCAACAGAAGCAGUCACCACGCGUCAUUAACGGAGGAAAACCUCCAAAGGGCAAAGAGAAGAAAGAAAGCACCUCAAAGCAGAAAGACGACAAGAACAAACCUGAGAUGUCCGAGCCAGAGGUAAAGAAGUUUGACAGAGGAGGAGAAGACAAAGACCUGAUCGAAGCAUUAGAGCGAGACAUCAUCUCCCAGAACCCUAAUGUCAAGUGGGAUGAUAUUGCUGAUCUGGAGGAUGCCAAGAAGCUUCUCAAGGAGGCGGUGGUUCUGCCAAUGUGGAUGCCCGAGUUCUUUAAGGGAAUCAGGCGACCAUGGAAGGGCGUGCUGAUGGUGGGUCCCCCCGGCACCGGCAAAACUCUGCUGGCGAAAGCUGUAGCAACAGAAUGCAGGACCACCUUCUUCAACGUCUCCUCUUCCACCCUGACCUCAAAGUACAGAGGGGAGUCUGAGAAACUUGUACGGCUGCUUUUUGAAAUGGCCAGGUUCUACGCUCCAACCACCAUCUUCAUAGACGAGAUCGACUCUAUGUGCAGCCGCAGGGGAACAUCGGAAGAGCACGAAGCCAGCAGACGAGUCAAAGCUGAACUGCUCGUGCAGAUGGACGGUGUUGGAGGAACGUCUGAGAAUGACCCAUCCAAAAUGGUGAUGGUCCUGGCAGCCACUAAUUUUCCAUGGGACAUCGAUGAAGCUCUAAGACGUCGACUGGAAAAAAGGAUCUACAUACCUCUACCUUCAGCUAAGGGCCGGGUUGACCUGUUAAAGAUUAACCUGAAGGAAUUGGAGCUGGCUAACGAUGUGGACAUGGACAAGAUUGCAGAGCAGAUGGAAGGUUAUUCAGGUGCUGACAUCACCAAUGUCUGCAGGGAUGCGUCUCUGAUGGCCAUGAGGAGGCGGAUUGAGGGUCUGACCCCGGAAGAGAUCCGUAACAUUUCCAAAGACGAGAUGCACAUGCCCACCACCAUGGAUGAUUUUGAAUCUGCCCUGAAGAAAGUCUCAAAGUCCGUUUCUGCUGCUGACCUGGAAAAAUACGAGAAGUGGAUCACAGAGUUCGGCUCCUGCUGAACCACCUCACCAGUCUGGGGGUCAAAAUGAAGUAUUAUCCAGUAGUACUGUAGCACUUAAGUACUGAAAUGUGGAGGGUUAAAUAUCUGUAUCUUUCAUGUGCUGUAGUUUUUGUCACUAGGAUUAUUUAGUGUCAAGGGGGAAGUUUUUCACCCGACUGAAAUUACAAGAAAAAGUCCAACUGAUUAAAUUCACAGCUUCAGGUUUCCAGAAAUAAGUGGCUCAGGGUGAAUAGUUACAGUUUAAUAUAAUUGGCUGUAAUAUGUAACUUUUUCCUACUGGUUGUUCAUACUGGUUGGCACAGUUUUACACCGGAUGCCUUUCCUGACACAACCCUCCUUGUUAUACCAUAUUGGGUUUGGCACUGAGAGCGCACUGACAUGAGCACCUCUGUUAGGCCUCGUAGAGGAGGUGCCUUAAGCAUAAGUGUCUUUCACAAACAUGUUCUACUGUUCUAUCAUUCAUAUUUCAAAGCACAAGUCUCACUCAAUGCGGAGUGGUUGUUUAUAUUGUUAGGCUUCAGCUAAAGGUGUUUUAUUUCUGUAUUGUGGCUGUUUUGCUUUACCUCAGCAGAGUUAUUUGUGUGUACAUAUACAGGUAUAUGUCACAUUGUGCCUUCUAGUAACAAUAUAUUUUUGUUUCAGCUGAAAAAAGAAUCAGUAAUGAUAUUAUUAUAACAGAAACGGAUCAGUUACAUUUCAUUCAUGCGACCUGCAACCUGAUCUGGUGAUUCAGCACUGAGAGGUUGGUGGACCAGAUAAGUGCUUCUUUCUGUACACUGUGAAUAAGGUUUCAUCUUUUAUACUGCUUUACACACACACACACACACACACACACACACACCUACAGCACAAACAGACUGUGCUGCUUUGUUUUCCAAAGGCAUUGUCUCUGAGGCCAGGUCUGUUGAUCUGUUGUGAUCGUGUAUGUACAUGUAGACCAAAUAUUUUAUUUUCCAAGUGCCUGAAACGUUUUUAAUAUGUCUGAACAUUUGAAUAAAAAAUCCAGUGAUACAAGCUGCACAGCAGCCAUUACUUCUAUGCACUACUGCCAAUCAGUGGCCUUGUUAGUGAGGUAGUGAAGCAAGGGUUUUUCUGUACCAGUAAAUGUUUCACUCUGGUGUUGCCAGUACGUCUGUGGGUGACUGUGGUGUGAAAAGUGAUAAUACAUUUGUUUAUGUAAAUUAACUAAGUUCCAUGGAAUAAAGUGUUUCACAAUAAAA